AUGAUACUCAAACAUUACUCAGUCAAAAUCAACAAUCUCAUUCAAAAUGACAAAGUCCAUUAUUAAAUCAUUGUAACUAAUGUAAACAAUACUUCAGAUACCAAAACAACAAUGAAUAGAUAUUCAGAACUUAAAGAUUUUAAUGAACAAUUGAUUAAAAACAUUAAUUUACUCAAACUUUAGUUAUAAUUGCCUGAAUUCCCAAAAAGAUCACUCUUCUCUAAAACCAAUAAGAAUCAAGAAAAGAUUAUUCAAAGACAAUAAGAAUUAGAACAAUAUUUUAAUCAACUUUUCAGUAUUGAUAAAAUUCUUAGUUUACCACCUGUCUAAUCAUAUUUACCUAUUGAAACACCUUUUAAUUAAUAGUAAUUAUACAUAAUUUAAUUAUAGAAUGAAAAUCAGUAUCUCUAUUGAAAGCUAUACAGUUUAUGAUGAUGUUGUAAUCUACUCUAUGAGAUUUAAAAAUAGAAUUACAAAAGAAGAGUGGAUCUACAAAUAGAGAUAUUCUGAAAUUAAGAAUAUUCAUGAUGCAUUAGUUGAAUAAGGAUACAAAGGCAAAUUACCACCAUUUCCAACUCGCAAACUUUUUGGAUAAACUAAUGAAAAUCCAGGUAUGUAAUCUAAUUUUAUCUUUUUCUAGAGAAUAUUGAAAAAAGACGUGAAGAUUUAGAAGUCUAUUUUAAUGCUAUUUUUAGCACUUAAGAAAUAUAUGAUAAUGAGAUUAUAUAAUUUUUGAUCUCAGAUUCCAAAAAAUAUUUUGAUACUAAUAAAAAAUUGGAAGAAUAGAAAAAAAUAUUAACCUAAUGA